AGAUGCCAUUCGCCACCCCUAGAUUCCACAGUUACUGUCUCCAAGCGCCGGAGUUCUGUUAGGAGAAAGGGAUCCAGACUUGUUAAAAUUUUGGGCUUGCGCCAAAACUGGUCAAGAUUUAAUGGUCCUCUGGCGAAAAGUGUGCAUAUUGUGACUGAUGUGGGCCCAAGAAAUGCAUAAACAUGCUGUUCUCCCUCCUAUCAUUAGCAAGAGUGACAAGGAAUUCUUGGAGAGUAUGCAAAGAUACAUAAUUACGGAAACGGAAAGAGUGGGCUGUGAUGAGAACGGACCUGCAGAUGAGUAUUACAUUAUCUACAGAAAUGUGUUUGACAAGGUAAUAGAAUAUGUUACUGCAUACAAAUCCAUUCUUACUUCAAUCAAAAAAGAAUAUGAUACCUUUAUUGAAACAAUAAAGGAACACCAGAGAACUGCAUUUCAUCUUCGUGGAAAACUAAAGGCUUUGGCAGCAGAGCCUACAGCUUUGGUACAUCACCAAAGAAGAAUAAUCCAACUCAAAGAAAAAAUAAGGAUUAUUAAAAAUAAUUCCUCAAAGAUUCAAUUGGAAAUAGAUAAAAUGAAACAGCUUAGGGCGGAGUAUGAUGCAACAGAAGUAAAAUAUUGUACUUUCACCAGAAAUCCUUCAAAACCUAUUCCAGGUAUGACUGUCCGAGAAGCUGUCAAUUUAGAUGCUCUCAGUAAAUACAUGAAAUAUCUUGAAGAUAAGUAUGUAGAAAUUAAACAAGCUAUGUCAAUAAAAUAUAUACCAGCUCAAAAGAAGGCUGCUUUAGAUGAGAAAAUGAUUGGAUUGUUAAAACGGCGAGAUGUAGCAGAAAAUCUAAACAAAGAAUUACAGUUUCGUUAUCAAAGACUGCAGAUUGUUUCACAUGCACUUUCUUCAUGGACAAAAUCUGAUAUGAGCAGCACAUUUCAAGACUUCAUGGACCAAAUUCAGAUGACCAAAGGUGACCAAGGUAUUGUUGAAGAACUGCUUGAAGAUGACCCAUGCAAGGCAAAAGAUGCUGAAAUUAUGCUUUACUACGUUGAAAGGUUCAAUGAAUUGAUCUCACUUGGUGAAUAUGAAAAGGCAGCUUGUUUUGCAGCCAACAGUCCUAGAAGAAUUCUCCGAAACAUGAAUGUAAUGAACAAAUUUAAGGCUUUGGGCAAGAUAAGAGGAAAACCUCUUCCAUUACUCUUAUUUUUUGAGGCCAUAUUUAGCACAAGUCGUGCUUUUAGAAAUCCUAUUGAUGCACAUCUGACUUUGGAAGGAAUCAAAUGUGGACUGUCUGAAAAACGGCUUGAUUUAGUCAUCAACUGGGUCACCCAGGAAAGGAUAACAUUUUCUGAGGAGGCUGGGGAUGUGAUUAUUGAUUAUGGGGAGCACGAUACUUUUAACAAGGCCAAGUGCUUGGCUUUAGCUCAGAUUAUUUACAGCAAAUGUGGCAUGCAUAAGAAAGCUCUUCUUUGCCUGUGUAAACAAGGUCAGAUUCAUGAGGCCAUGGAGUACAUGCAGCAGUUUAAGGACUUUACUUCAGCGGUAGCGGUGGAGCUGGAGAGUAUUGUGCCUUCUCCAAGCUACAAGGCGAGAACCACCAAUGGUGUGGUGGAACUUGUGGCCCUUUCCGAGGCCACGACUCUUGCGGCCUGCAGAUGUCAGCCCACGCAUCUCCCUGUUCUUGUGGACCGGUUUGGUGAUCCCCAGGGUGUCAGGAUUUCUUCUCAGGGCUUUGUGGAAUGGAUCAAUAAGGAUAACUUCAAAGAAUCUGUAUGUGGAAUCUUCACCAACCCAGUAAGAAUCAACAACUCUCAGAGCCCCAAAGCGGCGUCCAGCUCGCUCCUCAGCAACAGACGAAGGCUUCGCGAGAGCUUCAGCUGGUUAACGCCACAGGCUUGCCGUCAGUGGCUCCCUUAGGAACGGGACGUUCGCGGCCACCGCGGUGCACACGAAUCCUGCGUAUGACAUGCACUUGCUUGGCCUUGUAUCCCAGUCUGCGAGCUUUGUGGGGCGAGGAGCCCUGUGGAACCCUGAGAGCUGCGAUACUGCCAGUAGCGGACAGCAGCGGAAAGCGCAGCACGUCGGCCUGCUUCUUCCUCCGCAGCUCCUGGAUGCACUUGUACACGCCCAUCUUGGCUUACACAGAGCGAUCGCUGGUGAUGGAAGAGCGAAGAUCCGAGCCACCCUACCUGCGGGCUGCCGCCGGACCCCUACAUUGCAACUGAGGCAUUAUCUAAGUGAAUUAGCCAGCAGGGUGCCCUGCUUGAAGGAGCCGAUCUCUCACUGUGUGCUAGCUCACAAGUAACCCUACUGUACAAGGGUCCUGACAUCUUACCAUGUCCCAUGUUUUUGCCACGCUUGAUUUCUAGACUCUAUCCUUGACUUAAGACUUUGCAAAAUGAAACCAAGCAGAGCAAUUUUAAGUCACAUUUCCCAGGAAAAUGAGUAUUUAUUAAGCCUGUUGACUCUGAUAAUUUUUGAAAUACUACAUUGUCUUUUACUUAGAAUCUGUGUAGUUUUUAAAGUUACUAAUUCUUUCAUUAAUAACAUCUUACCUGACAUGAAUAUUGUAAUAACAGCUAAUAGCUAGACUAUUCAUGAGCAUUAUAUCACUUAAUCCUUGUGCUGACUCUUUGAAGUUGGUUUUGUUAUAAUCUUUACUUUUUAGAUU